GCAUGUUUUGUAGUGCCGCGCGCCAAACACUGCCACUAACAGUGGAAGUGCUAAAAACUCUUAAAGUAUUUAACCCGGUUUGGAGCUAAAUUCACAGAUAGAGAACACAUGGCUUCUACAAACAAAGCACCCUUACAGACCAGAAAUUUACCUUGGGUUGAAAAAUACAGACCACAGAAACUUGAUGAUCUGAUCUCACAUAAAGAUAUUCUAAGCACCAUCCAGAGGUUUAUUAGUGAGGACAAGCUCCCCCAUCUCUUGUUCUAUGGCCCCCCUGGAACAGGCAAAACCUCCACCAUCCUCGCCUGCGCCAGGCAGCUGUACAAGGACAGAGAGUUCAACUCUAUGGUGUUGGAGCUAAACGCAUCAGAUGACAGAGGUAUUGAUGUAGUACGAGGUCCCGUUCUAAGUUUUGCCAGCACCAGGACCAUCUUCAAGAAGGGCUUCAAGUUGGUGAUACUGGAUGAGGCUGAUGCCAUGACCCAAGAUGCCCAGAAUGCAUUGCGGCGAGUGAUUGAGAAGUACACAGAAAACACUCGAUUCUGUCUGAUCUGCAACUACCUGUCCAAGAUCAUCCCGGCCCUGCAGUCUCGCUGCACCAGGUUUCGCUUCGGCCCGCUGUCCCCGGACCAGAUGAUCCCUCGGCUGGAGCAUGUAGUCCAGCAGGAGAGCCUUGACGUAAGUCCAGAUGGAAUGAAGGCCCUUGUGACCUUAGCAUCAGGUGAUAUGAGAAGAUCGCUCAACAUACUGCAGAGCACCAGUAUGGCGUACGAGAAGGUCACGGAGGACACCGUGUACACCUGCACAGGUCACCCCCUCCGCUCGGACAUAGCCAACAUCCUCGACUGGUCGCUCAACAAAGACUUCAACACAGCUUACAAGCAAAUCCUUGAGCUCAAGACUUUGAAAGGUUUGGCACUGCAUGAUAUCCUCACUGAGGUUCAUCUGCUCAUACACAGAGUGGACUUCCCUCCAGCUAUUCGGAUCGGUCUGCUCAUCAAGUUGGCUGACAUCGAACACAGGCUCGCCUCAGGAACCGAUGAGAAGAUCCAGCUGAGCUCCAUGGUGGCAGCUUUCCAGGCAGUGAGAGACCUCGUGGUCAGCGAGGCCUCAUAGAUACAGUAACUGCUGUAGCCCACAACGAAUCCCGCCUCCUGACUUUGUCACCAACACUUUAGUGGCUACCAUCACUUGUGCUUGUACCACAAUGACAAUAAAGCUAGAAUUUGUGAUAUUUUUGCAAGAAUCUAUUUUUCCUCUACAAGAGAAAUAGGUCUUACCUUUCCUACCAAACAACAGUUUGGCCAAAAUCUUCCCCUCCCUGUGGCUGUGGUGUGCAAUGAUGCCAUGGAUAGCUGAGAAUAGGUAGGUUUUCUUUUCAGCCAAACAGGUGAUUUUACUGAUCAGUACACUCUCUUUAUAAGUCAGUGAAAUCACUUGAGUUUGUUUAUUUAGAGAGAAAACAGAAGCCCUUGAGUAUCCAUUGCAUGAUUGCCCACCACUGCUCCACAGAGUCGGUGUAGAGUGCAGACACAAACGCUCGCAGCUAUCUGAGUCACUCACAUCUGCAUACAAGCUGAGCAAAAUGAAAGGCAGACAUUUGUAACUCUAGUUACCAAAAAAGACCUGUCCUUUGGGCACUUAAAAUAUGGACUGUAAAUUUAGUUGCCAGUGUAGGAACUUGCUGUCCCCAGUUCAUCCAUUAAAAAUCUAUGAUGAGGUAAAAAAUAUUGAAGAAAUGUUGUAAUGUUAGAAAACACCAUACACGUGAACAUGUGUUUGAAUCUGUUUAAU